CUAGCUAGGCUAGUAGCUAUUUCGGGUAUAAAUAUAUUUGUUGAAGUAUUUCUUCAUAUAUAGAUAAACGGGGGCAUAUUCUAACAUAAAACAUAAACAUGAGUAAGAGGAAGGCGCCCCAAGAAUCCCUAAAUGAAGGAAUCACAGACUUUCUUGUUGAACUUGCCAACUACGAGAAGAACGUAAACAGGGCAAUUCACAAAUACAAUGCAUACAGGAAAGCAGCAUCAACUAUUGCAAAAUACCCAACAAAAAUCAAAAGUGGAGAAGAGGCAAAAAAAAUUGGUAUGUAUUGUUCACAAAUUGACGGCGUGGGGGCUAAAAUCGCAGAGAAGAUCGACGAAUUCCUUCAAACUGGCAAACUAAGGAAAUUGGAAAAGAUUCGUAGUGAUGAUACCAGUUCUUCUAUUAAUUUUCUAACUAGAGUCACUGGAAUUGGCCCUGCUGCUGCAAGAAAGUUUUAUGAGGAAGGCGUGAAAACCUUGGAAGAUUUGAAAAAAAUUGAGCACAAGUUAAAUCACCACCAGCAAAUUGGAUUAAGAUAUUUUGAAGAAUUUGAGAAAAGAAUUCCAAGAGUUGAAAUGGAAAAGAUGGAGAAACUAAUUCUUGGAGAACUGCUUAAAAUUGAUGAGGAAUACAUUGGGACGAUUUGUGGAAGCUACAGGAGGGGAGCAGCUUCAAGUGGUGAUAUAGAUAUCUUGUUGACACACCCAAAUUACACAUCUGAGACUGAGAAACAAUUGCUCCAUGCUGUGGUGGACCAUCUGGAGUCCAUUGGUUUUGUGACAGACACACUCUCCAAAGGAGAUACAAAGUUCAUGGGAGUCUGCCAACUUGAGCAGAGUGAUGAAGAUGACGAAGAAUAUCUGCAUAGACGUAUUGAUAUUAGGUUAAUCCCAAAGGAUCAGUACUAUUGUGGAGUGCUGUAUUUCACGGGAAGCGACAUAUUUAAUAAAAAUAUGAGAGCCCAUGCUUUGGAGAAGGGCUUUACUCUAAAUGAGUACACUAUACGCCCACUCGGGGUUACUGGUGUGGCAGGAGAGCCUCUGAUGGUGGAUAGCGAGAGAGACAUCUUUGAAUACAUCCACUAUAAAUACAGAGAACCAAAGGAUCGCAGCGAGUGAAGCUACAGGGAUAUGAACAUCUGUGUGCCUCUGCUAGUAUUUAUUUCAAUAGUCCAAUAAUAAAUGGUUAUGUCACAAUAUGAGUUUU